ACCGUGUGGUGGCCGUCACAGUGCCUGAAGAGACACACACACACGCAAAAAAACUCUCUUUAACGCUGCUAUUUUUGCAUGAAUUAAUACCAACAGUCUGCCGGGACCGUCGUUGUUUUACAAUAUAUAUACGUAUUGUCGUUUAAUAUUAACCUUUAAAAACGAACCGUCCUGUGUUCACAAACCGAGCUAGCUAACGUAUCCACGAGGCUGCGCGCGCUUCUUGGCAACGGAAGUUGGACGUUUACUUCCGAAAAGAGAAGCUAAACAACUGAAUCCAAACAGUCAAAAAUGGCGAAAAUGGCGGUCUGUUGCGUGUCUGGCUGUAAAACUCGAAAAUCCAAUACCAUCAAAUUGCACCGAAUCCCGUCUGGAUCUGGGCCGUUUCAGGCCAAACGGAGACGUCUGUGGGUCCAAGCGAUCCAGCGAGCGAACGGAAGCACCGACGAGCUGGAAGUGAACGCUCGUAUUUGCGGCGCUCAUUUUAAGUCACGGCAAGUCUCCAUGGACCAUGCCAGCCCCGACUUCGUGCCUUCGGUGUUUAGCUACACAGUCAGGAAACGCGGCCGCCCCAAAAAAGUGAAAUGUCAAGACCCUACAUCCAAUGUGGAAAUGGAAGAAAAAACAACUCCAUCCAGAGUUGAUUCUCCCGUGGACCUCCCGCCCUAUGUUUUCAUGGAGGAACUACAGACACCAUCAACUCCAUCAGUGUCACAGGAUGGAGAAACGUUGACUAAAGAGCCUGAGACCGAAACCACACCAGUCAAAUCACAAACAACAUUCAGCCCAUGCAAGGCAUCGCCAUCAUUUAAUGCUCCGGCGGGAAUGCCAAACCUAGACAAAAGUCUAAUUGUGCUCCUAAAACAUAUAUAUGUUCCAGCAAGUGGAUAUCAGUGUGAGCAGUGCAAUCAGAGCUUCCCCAAUACAUCACAGCUCAUGAAACACAAAAAACUGCACGAUGACGAAAUCUCGUUUGUCUGUGAAAAAUGUGGAAUGUUUUUCAAAAUGCAGGCAGAUUUUACUGAGCACCGGUGUGUCCAAGAGCCUUCCUUUCCGUGCAACAUGUGUGAUCAGUCUUUCACUACAAGUGGUAACCUCAAGCGCCAUAAACUGCUGCAUGUCAAAGAUGGCAGGAAGUGUCCAGAGUGUGGCGUGUUGUUCUGUCAGCGCCAUAAUCACAUUUUAUUCCUGCCAUCGGCCAAGACGAUAACUGAGUAUGAAGAGGAUCCCGCCACCACUAAACUUAAAAAUGCACCCCGUAGUUUGAUGCCGGAAAACCAUCAGAAAACCAUUUUAAUCCUGCCAUCGGCCGUGACGAUAACUGAGUGUGAAGAGGAUCCCCCCACCACUAAACCUAAACAUGUACACCAUAGUUUGAUGCCAGAAAACCAUCUGCUGGUGACGCCUGAGCCAAGCCAGAGUGUGGACCUGGAUCACGAUCCUCGGAGCAACAAGACUGUUUUGCCUGGACCGUUAUCCAAGACUCCUAAGACCCCAGCCUCACAAGCAAGAACCUCAUCAGAAAUCCACGUCCCAGUGUUUCCAAAACCUCGCUCUGCGUCAGGUUUACCGCCGCCAGUACCCACAGCCGUACCCACAGCCGUACCCACAGCAGUACCUACAGCAGUACCCACAGCAGUACCUACAGCAGUACCCACAGCAGUACCCACAGCCCUACCCACAGCCCUACCCACAGCAGUACCCACAGCAGUACCCACAGCAGUACCCACGUUCUCAUGGAAACCUCAAAAGUUGUCUUGGUAUAAGCUCCCUCGGCCCAUCUGUCCUGCACCCUUCGUUCAGCCCCUUCUCCCCACACUCUCAGAGCUCCCACCCUCUCUAAAGAUGUUUUCGCCACUGUACCUCAGAUCAGCGUUUCUUGAGGUUAAAAGAAAUUAUGAAUACAUUUUAAGUAAACCAAUAGGUGUUAACAAGAAUACCGUGAAGGAGGAACAAUGAGAGCCGCCACCGAUUUCUCCAGAUUAGCAAAGCGGCGAGCACGUAAAAAAGGAAAUAACUUCUUUCGACCUGGAGCUUGUGCUCCAAUCUAAAGUGGGUGGAAAUCCAUCACUUUUAAAAACAUACGCUGAAUUCAUUUACUUUUACAGUUUGACCUGAGCCCGUUUUGCCUCAACGGUUAUGUUGUCUGUUCACUUACUACUUUUACGAAGAUUUGUGCUCUGUAAUCACAUUCUGUCAGACACACAGCUGUGAUUGGUAAAUAUUGCAGUUAAAACGUGUGCUCAUUUGGGUUCAUUCUGCUGCCAGUAAGCCACACUUUUGCUGUCUGUAUUACAUGACGUGGUCAUGUUUUGUUUAGUGAUCCUAUAAUAAUACUGUGACGGUAUCGCAGCACACUUGUCUCCUAUUUUUGUUAGGCCUCAUUUGCUUUAGCUCAGCAUUGUAUUUCAAUGUCUUAACUUGUAAUGCUGCUAGUUUUUUUUAAAUUCUUAUUUUUUUAUAGUAAAGAGUUUUGUAUUUAGGGUGCUGACACCUUUUUUUAUAUCCCUGACGUGGUUUUUAUUUUUCCACUGUUUGGUAAAUAACACUGUUCUGUACGCAAGAAGAAUAUAACUUAGCGGGAUUUAAAAACUGCAGCAUUUGGACUGCAGGCUAUAUAACGUGCUUUGCAGUUUGUAGGGUAAUAACCAGUUAAAUGUGCGAGUGAAUGCACAUUUCUAUGAGUGAAAUCUGGAAUAGCAUUAUCUGGCUUGUUGAAUAAUUCAGUUUUCCCAUCUACCUCGGCAACCGGGAACUGCACAGUAUGUGCUUGUUGUUUAUAGCUGUGUGUUUGCACAUUAAAUUACAUUUCCCCCCCCUCCCCCAAAUUAUCCAGAAAUUCCAGUGUUUUGGAUACAGAAGUAUUACAUUUUUUGAGUUUGCUUGUGUGUACUAAACUCUGGAAGAUUCUGGAACUACAAUAAAUGGAUGACUAUUUUGUAA